AUGGCGAGCAACGGUAAUGAGAACUGCAACGCAAACGACAGUGUUUGGCGGUUCAAAGGAAAUGGCGCGACAAGUAUUGCAGCUGCGGCAACAUUGAGAAAGCUUAUCUUUGGAAUGUUUAAAAACUGCAACUUUAACAAUGGAAAGACCAUAUUACCCUCCAUCACUCACACCUUCAAAACAUGCCCCGAAGCGGAGGAAGCAGUCGCUGCAGCUGUCCGCUCCGGCAUGGCCAACUCUUAUGCACCUAGCCCAGGAAUUUUCAAGGCUAGAAGGGCUGUCGCGGAUUAUCUCAACGGAGAGCUUCCAAAGAAGCUGAAGGCGGAGGAUGUGUAUAUCACAGGUGGUUGCAACCAGGCAAUAGAGAUCGUAAUAGAUUCCCUAGCCGGGAAUCCUGUCGCCAACAUUCUGCUUCCAAGGCCGGGCUACCCUCACUAUGAUGCUCGUGCUGUCUAUAGCUGCAUUGAGAUUCGCAAGUACGAUCUCCUUCCCCAAAAAGAUUGGGAGAUCGACCUAGACGACCUCGAGGCUGCUGCUGAUGAGAAUACCGUUGCAAUGGUACUUAUCAACCCCAACAACCCUUGUGGAAAUGUCUACAGCUAUGAUCAUCUGAAUAAGGUUGCGGAGAUGGCUAGGAAACUUGGUAUAGUUGUGAUAUCUGAUGAGGUAUAUAAACAAGUUGUAUAUGGAGAUAGACCUUUUAUUCCCAUGGGGAUCUUUGCAUCGGUAGCUCCAGUGAUCACGCUCGGAUCCAUAUCCAAAGGAUGGGUCGUCCCGGGUUGGAGAAUUGGUUGGAUGGCCAUGAAUGAUCCUAAUCGCAUCUUGAAAUCAACAGGGGUUAUUCAAGCUAUAGAGGAUUGUUUAGACAUAACUCCACAACCUUCACUUAUUCUCCAGGAGGCACUUCCGGAUAUAUUAGAGAAAACCCCUAAAGAGUUCUUCGACAAGAAGAUUAAAGCAAUGCGAUACUCCGUAGAACUUUCAUGUGAGAGGCUAAAAGACAUCCCUUGUCUCCUUUGCCUCAAGAAACCCGAAUCUUGUUCUUACUUAUGGGUAAAACUUGAUACGUCAAUGUUGGUUGAUAUUAAAAAUGACUUUGAGUUUUGCAUGAAGCUAGUUAGUGAGGAGAGCGUCCUCUUGAUUCCAGGGGUGGCUCUAGGGGCUGAUGGUUGGGUGAGAAUAUCGAUUGGAACCGACGGGUCAGUACUAGAUGAAAUAUUUGACAGAUUAAAAACUUUCUACGAUCGCCAUGCAAUAUCCAAGGAACCCAACCAACUCAAUGGGCGUAUUGCAAUGAUCAGAAAACGGAAAAUCAUUUUUCUUAAGCCCUAA